UUCACGUGUUUGUAUAUUUUGUAAACUGUACUAUUUAUGAAAUACAAUAUAUAAUAACGAAGUAAUUUUUUUGUUUUAUAUGUUAAGUAUGAUAAUUUUUUAUACAAAAUGAUACUAACAGAAUACAAAGAAUUAGACUUUUUUGUUGGGACCCGUAUUGGAUCAUUCAAACAUAUUAAGUACCACACAGACACUUCAAAAAAUAAUAAGAAAUGCAUAGAAAACCUAGUGAAUAUAAAGACUUUGCAAAAGGAUGACACAAUAACUUGCAUGGAAUGGGGAAAUGCUGAACAGACUGAAAUUCUACUAGGAAAGAGAACAAAGGAGGUCCAAAUAUAUGACACAACCUAUGGUUUCUCAAAGUCGUACACAGCAGAUAUUGGCAAUGGCGAUAUUGUGGGCCUCGGAAAGCACAAAAGAAAGGUGUUUGCAGCUGUUGCCAGCGGCAUUGUCAAUAUUUGGCGAAAAAAAGACAGUGAAACAAUUGAUGUUGGUGGCAAGCUUGAUAGAAUGCGCCUGUGGAGAGAUGGGACUAUGUUUGCUACAGGCGGUGAAGAAAACGAUCUAAAAGUUUGGAAAGUUGACGAGAAAACUGCUGUGUUCGUCGCUAAGAAUCUACCACACGACUGGCUGCAGCUGCGAAGACCUGUGUGGGUUACAGACCUCACCUUUAUAGAUGAGAAUUUACUCGCGGUUUGUUCGAGACAUGGAUAUGUUAGGCUAUAUGAUACAAGGGCUCAAAGAAGACCUGUUAGCAAUGUGGACACUCAGAACCUGGCCGCUACGUGUAUUUCCACAGGAUUUGAUGAAAGGCAAGUUCUGGUAGGUUUCGGGCGAGGCCAACUGCAUCAGGUGGACUUUAGGCAAAACCGUUUAGACAAAGGCUACAAGGGCGCGGCGGGUGCUAUAACUAGUGUAGCGGUGAGCGAGAAGCACGGCCUUAUCGUCAGCACUUGUCUGGACCGACAUUUGCGCGUUCACGACAGGGACAGCAAGAGUUGUGUUUAUAAGCAAUACUUAACAUCGAAGCUGAGUCAUGUGCUAGUCCAGACAGAAUGCACGACCAGUUUAAAGGCAGAUGUGAAGGAAGAAGCUGAUCCGCAAGAAACUGCCAGCCAGGAGCCAGUGGCUGUGGAAUCCAGGGUUGAGGAUUCAGAUCUGGAUGAAGUUUUUGAGAACAUGGAGGUGGUUAGUGAAAAACGCCGUAAGCGACCUUUAGAGGCAAUAGAAGUAGAAUCAGUUAAACCAUCCACGGAAGGCACGACGGAUCCAGAAGACGCCAUAGUGAAACUCCUGCGCAGCACGGAGAAAGAGAAAAGGAGACGAGAGAAGAAGAGAAGAGAAAAGAAAGCGAAGAGUGUGUUCCAUAAUGCUUGAAAUAAGAUCAUUUACUGUU